CGCAAUAAACCCUAAUCUAGGUUAUCUCGCAAUGGGGACGAAGCGGCUGAGGGAAGACGAUGGCGAGGGCAAGAAGCCGUCCCUGAUCAGGAACAAGGAGCGCCGAUCGGAGGCGUUCGCGCAGCUCAAGCGCGAGAAGAAGAAGGCGAAGAAGCUGCGAAUCAAGGCUCGGGAUGCGCGGGAAAAGGAAUGCAUUGAGCUCGGAGAAGCUCCUCCUCCGAGAAAAACGCCACGAACGAUUGAGAAUACUCGCGAACCGGAUGAGACGAUUGUCCGACCCGAUGACGAUGAGCUGCUUGCGGACAUCGCGACGGAUGAAUUCGCGGAGCAUUUUAACCGGGACAAAUCUCCGAAGCUCCUGAUAACAACUUGCAGGAAGUGCUCAAAGAGAACUUUCAAGCUGAUAUUGGAGCUCCAAAGUGUCAUUCCAAACACGGAGUACUACAAGCGGAAUAAACGCAGCCUUAAACAGCUUGUGAAGGAUGCUACUGAACAAGACUUUACAGCGAUAGUUGUGAUUCAUGAGAACCGCAGAGAGCCCGAUGGAAUGGUGAUUGUUAAUUUACCCGAAGGACCUACGGCCCAUUUCAGGCUCUCGAAUCUUGUACUAAGAAAGGAGAUUAAGAAUCAUGGACGGCCAACGAGUCAUCUCCCAGAGCUUAUUCUUAACAACUUCACAACCAGCCUGGGCCAUCGAAUUGGAAGGAUGUUCGCAUCCUUGUUCUAUCAAGAUCCCAACUUUCGCGGCCGCCGUGUAGUCACUUUUCACAACCAGCGCGACUACAUAUUUUUCCGGCAUCACAGGUACGUGUUCGAGCCGAAGGAGACGAAGCAGAAGGGAGAGCAAAAGAAGAAAACUGCUGUGAUUGCUCGGCUCCAGGAAUGUGGCCCACGCUUCACACUCAAGUUGCUAAGCUUGCAGCACGGCACCUUUGAUACAAAGCAUGGCGAGUACGAAUGGGUACACAAGCCAGACAUGGACACGAGUCGCAGGAGAUUCUUCCUUUAAGCAAAGAAGGCGAGAAAAAGAGAGAGCGGAAGAACUGUUCUUCCGAAAGAUGAUCCAUUUCUUCGUGGGAGUUGUACGGAGAUGGAGAGGCGAGCGUGCGGCCCAGAUGCGAGGAUCCCCCCCUCUAAUAACGUAAUUAUUGGAAUGCCCGGAGAGAGGGGGCAAGAUGACGCUCGGAAUUUUUUGUUUUUUACCUCCAUGGUUAAAAAAUUUUGCAGGGAAGAGUUUACCACGCA